CGACAGGACACGCAGCCGUGGCGAGGCAGAAACGUGGAAGGAAAGGAGUGGCUCUGAAAGUAGACAUUUUUUCGUGGGCACACUGAGGAAAAAAGGAAUCUUUACGCAUUAUCUUGUGAGAAUCAGACCACUGGCUGAUCUGUAAUAGUCGGUACGCGGCUGCCCGUCGCGAGCAGGGUCGACUUACCGGGGCGGCUAGGUUGCGUAAGUUUUGAGAUUUUUUGCUUUUUCAAGUGUGCCUGUUGAUCUAUGCCUUUUGCGAUGAUUAGACCGCCGAGACGUCCACUCUUGGAAAGGGUUCGGCCCAAGGUUUCACCACAUGCCCACUUCAACAGACUCCACCGGACCGAUAUAACUUGACUCAAAUGCUAGCGCGGCGUUGCUAUGGCUUCGGGGGAGGCAUGGGGUCUGCAUUGCCUCUUUACCAUACACCGUUCUUCCGCCUUUCAUGUCUCUAUUUCAGGCAUUCUCUGGCCCGUCCAGGAAAUACUUCCUUCCCGUGAGGACGACAGGGCUGGUCGCGGACGGCUUACGAGCCCAAUCCGUUCUCCCUUGACAUGCCGCCCGGUCGAAUGCGGUAGAACUGGGAUCGCAAUGCUGCGUCCGAACCCGUGGAAAUGUCAGCGGUGGAGUAAACUGUUGGCAGUUCUCCUGGAGGAGGAGAGUAGAGAUGAACGCCGUAUGGGUGCUCUCCAGAGGACGCUGCUCUCUUUUGGUGCCCGCGUCUAGUCUGGGUCACGCGCCCGUGUCUCGCGGAACCGCCAGCACCAGCACGUUGCGUUUUCCUCAGUCACUUUCUGCAGAGUCGUUUUCUCCGAGCCUCCUCUUGGGUGCGAGUGGCUAAGAACUAAAAGUGAGCCGUUUCUCCUCUGUUCUGCGUUUUAAAACUGUAGCUCCUCAGUGUUCCUCCCCAUCGUCUUGCGUCCAGACUCGAGUUUCCCUGAGACACUUUAUUCCCCCUCGCACAAUCCUCAUGAAGCCUUUCGCGCCUAUUCUUCUCUUGCUUGCCUUGUUCCCCUUUUCGGGGUCGGGCGUAAGUUUCAAUCCUUACGCGGAACGUCCACUUCUCGACUCUCCCCCGCCUCCAGCGUCGCUUCCGCCCUCAGAGCCCCUGCCGCCUCCACCUGCUCUGCCCACUCCGAAGCUGCAUCCUCCCCACCCCACACACGGGACAGGUCAACCCCUCCCUCCGCCCGCGAUCGGCGACCUGCACGCGUUCUAUCCGAGGCCGCCUCCCACAGUGCCUGCUUACUAUGUAGGCGAGUUCGUCGCUCCAGCCCCGCCACUCGCGACCGGCGCAACUCCCGGUGAUGUCGAGGCUUUCCAGAGGUACUACCAGGCUCAAGAAACGCCCUUCGAUGUCCCUCCCGCAGAGCCUGUCGCCAUCCCAGUUGCCGUGCCGCCUCGAAAAAUAGAACACGUUCAAGAGCCGCCGUCGCCCCCUGUUCCGCCUGAAUCCACCGAAGGCCGGAAGGUGAAUGGAAUGGGUGCGCCUAGGUAUCAUACCAUGUACCCUCCCACAGGGCUUGCGACCCACGAGGCAGAACCUGACCACGCUGCAAACACCGCUGGACAACAACAACCGGCUGCCGAGCUCUUCAGCCGUCUCGGCCAACCGUUUCCUGUCUACGCAGGCCGCGACGGGCAGCCUUGGUGGCGUGUGAAAGGCUCAGGGUACGACUACUCUGCUGACUUUUACUCGACCACGGAAAGCCUAAAUAAGGUGAAAGAAGAGGCGGCAAGAAUGGCCAUCGAACUCCUCCAAGACACGCUGCGGGGCAUUCCAGCGUACCCCGAACAGCAACUGAAGGUUGUGAUUAUUUACAAGCACUUCUACAAGGAGACGUGGGACAUCGCAAGCGAGGCACUGAUGAUCCCAGCUGGACACAAUCCGCAACUCGGUCACCUCCUCGUCGCCGUGAUGCUAAAUCUUUCUGUCCACGUCCAGAGAAGCUGCGCGUAUCGCCUCACCGAACUCGGGCCUCAAGUGGAAGCCCGAUUGCGGUCGGAAGAUCAGCGGACAGUUCGACUUGUAAAAAACCGGGAUCUCAACGUUCCUUUGCGGAAGUUCGCUGAGAUUCGUCUCAUUCUCGAACGAGGCUCAAAGACAGAGUCAGACUGUCUCUCGAAUAUGAAGAACAAACUUCGAACGCUUCUUCCCCGGCGCAUAUAUCAGCAUCUUCCGCGAGUGUCUCUGCAGACGCUUCUCCUGAUUCCGACGCCGGACGAUCGGCCGCUGGACACGCACGACCCUCCGCACGCUGACGGUCUUGUUACGUACAACUUUGUGCAGCCGUUUCGAACGAGUGUUCUUACUCACAUCGACCUUAGGAGGGACGCCGACCUGGCUCUCGGGCAGUUGUCUUCAAUGCUCGUGAAAGCGACGCUUCCGGCCACGAAACAGUGCGGCGUUCUCUGGACGCGCUUCACCCCGGCGUAUACAGCCAUAGUUACGGAUCCGAGUGGCUCUCUGUAUCAUGUUCCCCUCGGGAGAAAAACGAUGAAUCUCCGGCAUCUGCUCGCCAUUUCGGAGGUCAUCAAGGACCGACUCAACCAAGAUGUCACUAUCACGCUCAACAUUUUUUUCCCUGCGCUGUUGAAAUCCGAGGCGAUCGCGGUUCAUCGAUGUCGGCCCAAUACGUGGAAGCAGAUCGUUCCGAGCUACGUCCCCCUUGGAGGCUUCCGAAUCAGUGUCCUCGUCAACGUCGAGUGCGUAGGAAUAAUCAAAGUUAAGUGUCGGCGCCGAGUCGUGUCUCUCUUCUUCACGAAUCCCUUCGCCAAGGUGUCCGACGCACUCCUGGCUAUUCGACCAUUCAUCCGGACAGGACCCAAUGACGCAUUUGCGAGACGGCAAUCGCCGUGUUUCGUCGGCUACGCUCGACUCAAAAGGAAAGAGGAGCGUGUGUUGAACAUGGGACAGGUGUGGAGAGAACUAGACGAGUCAGUUUUGCUUUCAGAAAUUGCGGCCAAGGACGAACCCCUUCUCCUGUCCCCAAAGACGCGUUUUUUUCGGACGGAGGCAUCGACUUCGCAAACUUUCUGUGAGUCGUACUUGCCCGUCCUGUCCCAGACGCCCCUCUUCGUGAGGCCGUAUUUCCUGGACUUCUCACCCGACGAUACCCUGCGCCUUCAACCGGUCUUUGGGGGCACAUCGUUGAGAAUCCUCCAGUCGCCGUUUGCGCAGGAGUGACCGUAAUAACUUUUUUCCUUGAACAAAUGUAUUACAGUGUUCGAUUCGCAGGUUGUCAGCCACAUCUCACGGCUAGUGCAGUCGACUACCACCAAGCGUUGUGAGGCAGAAGUGAUGAUGGGUUGCGUCGACUUGUGCAAAAAGACGUUUCGUGAGUUUUUGUGGGGAACACGAAGGAAUACAUGUUUCAACGAGGUGUACGACGGUUUUCGCUGUGCUGCUUGCGAAAUAAAGAGCCCUCUGAGGAUGUUAAAACCCGGGCGUCUAAAAAUACAUUGUUUUUUUCGUCCUGUCACCGCAACUUUCCGACUCUGAAAAUUCUCAUGUUUUUGUAACGGUAGUGUCGUAGAACGCGACUGCAUUAAGUACGCGAGAUACACCCAUCUCUUAGAUGGAAUUGUUUCACUGCUGAGUCGGUUCACCUGUCAAACUCUAACAUAUCUCGUGUGCCUGAUAAAAGUUAAUCGAUUAACUGUAGCCGAA